AUACAUUGGUAUUUGGUACAUGAGAUGAGAUGAAUAUUUUAUUUAAUAAAAAGUCGGGUAGGCUUGGGUUGGGCUGGGUUUGCUGGACGAGUAAAGGUCACAAGUCACAACUCACAACCUGAGUUUUGAGGAGCAGCCCAACCGCCCAACCUAACCUAUACCCAAAACUAGAACCUAACCAUGUAAGGCUGUAACCCCCAUAGACAAACUCAAAGUGGAGAGUGGAGACACAAAGAUGAACCACUUAGAAUAGAACCUAGGUCCAAGCUGUUCCCAUUAUGACCAUAAAACAACUCAGGGCCCACGUAACGAUCUAUAUCUACAAGUGGGUGGUGGGUGGGGCCCCUUCCUUAACAAUCACUCUCACGGAAUCUCAUCUCCAUUUCUACCUUUCUUUUUUCAUCCUUUUUUGAGAUCACACAUACACACCUCUGCCAUUAAUCAAUCAUCCCACAGUCCUCACCGCCUGCAGUCUGCCAGGUCCCGAAUUGAAAGCAUACAUAGUCACUUUUUUUUAUAAAACUUAAAACAAAGCAACACUCACUGCACGAGAAUCAUCAUCAUCGCAUUCAAUUAGCAAGCAGACCCACUCAUGGGAUGUAGUCCCACGUCAUCCACAUCACAGAUAUCUCGUCUACUGAUCUAACGAUCCAAAUUCAUUUUCAUUAGUGAAUCCAGGAGAAGGCCUACGGGCUGACGUGGACAACAGGACAAGGAAGGGAUAACAAAGUUAUAAAACUUAAAGAGAAAGAGAGCCGUUUCACUCUAUCCACUCUCCACUGUCGUUGUUUUCUCUUCUAAACGGUCAAUUCUCUGUUGCUUCAAUGGUGGCCUUUCUUCGUAUUAACUGUAAUAUCUCCUCCUGCUUCUUCUACUUCCUCGUCUGCCUGUAUAUUUCGUCGUCGCCUUGGAUGCCCGAAGCUUGCCAUGCCGUCGACCGAGCAGCCUUGCUCGGUUUCAAGGCAAAGAUCACUCGAGACCCUUCUCAACUGUUGCGCACAUGGAAGCCCUCCACCGAUUGUUGCACCUCUUGGGAUGGCGUCGCCUGCGACUCCUCCGGUAGGGUCGUCAAUGUCUCCCGUCCCGGCCUUUACUCGGGCGACGAUUUCAUCUCCGAGACCUCAAUGGCCGGUACCUUGUCACCCACUCUCGGCCACCUCUCCUUCCUCCGCCUUCUCGAUCUCAGUAAUCUCAAGGAGUUGAAAGGACCCAUACCUCCGGAGUUAGGUAAAUUGUCACACCUCACCUACCUCUUCCUUGAUUCAAACCAGCUUACCGGAUCGAUUCCCUCCUCCUUUCGACACCUUGUCCGCCUCAAGAGACUCUACCUUGGUGACAAUCGACUCUCCGGUGUCAUCCCUUUUUCCGUUCUCCACUGCUUGUCCUCGCUUUUCGAACUGAGCUUGUCUGGAAAUGAGUUAUCAGGUGGCAUUCCCUCGUCAGUUGGCAAGCUGGUUUCACUGGCAAAGCUUGACCUCCAUGCCAACAAUCUCUCUGGCAGUAUACCGCCGGCAAUUGGCCGUCUCAAGAAGCUCAAGUACGUUGACUUGUCGGAGAACCAGAUAACCGGAAGCAUUCCUCCAUCUAUUGGCGGUCUCUCCCAAUUGGUUAUACUCUAUCUUAACCAGAACCAGAUGACUGGAAGAAUCCCCUCUUCCAUUGCCAACCUCGCUUCUCUCCAAUUCUGCCGCUUAUCAGAAAACAGACUAACUGGGCCUUUACCUGCAUCCAUUGGUAAGCUUCCCAGUAUUCAAAGGCUGAUAUUGGAGAACAACAGGUUGACUGGAAAGCUGCCGGCGACUAUCGGUCAACUUACAAACCUCACGGAGAUAUUCUUCUCCAACAACUACUUUACAGGUACGAUCCCCUCAAGUUUUGGGAAUCUUCAGAACCUUCAGACACUCGACCUCUCAAGAAAUUCUUUCUCCGGUCCCAUUCCUCCUCAGCUGUUGAAAUUAUCAAAGCUACAGACCUUGGACCUGUCAUUCAAUCCUCUUCGUCUAGGGAGAAUACCAGACUGGUUUGCCAAACUGAAUCUUUUCCGGCUCAUGUUAGCACGAACUGGGAUCGUUGGGCAACUCCCCGCAUGGUUAUAUUCGUCCUCCGUAUCGAUACUCGACUUAUCAAGCAACAGAUUCACGGGGCCAUUGCCUCGCUGGAUAGGAAACAUGACGAGUCUCUCCUUCCUCAACCUCUCAAACAAUGGAUUCCACUCGGCUAUUCCGGUAGAAAUGAAGAACCUUUCGCUGCUAAUGGACCUCGACCUCCACUCGAACAAGCUGAGCGGAGAUCUGAGAACGAUCUUCUCCAAGAGAAUCCAAGACCCACUAGGCCGUUUCAACUCCAUCGACCUCUCUUGUAAUAGGUUCACAGGUCCAAUCGAUAGGAAUAUCGGCGACAUGCCCUCCAUGGUCUCCAUCGAAAAGCUGGUACUGUCAUACAACCCUCUAGGGGGAACGAUACCGACGUCGUUGGGGAAAUUGAGUGGGUUAAAGCUGUUGGAGUUGGCAGGGAACAGGCUGUCCGGUAGUAUACCAGCUGACCUCGGCGAUGCGAAGGAAUUGGCGUCGAUAGUGCUGUCGGAAAACAAACUGAGCGGGACCAUACCAGAAGAGGUGAUGAAACUGGUGGAGCUUAGAGAAUUCGACGUGUCGAAGAACCGACUGAGUGGACGGAUACCUCCUCACAAGGCCAGAAUCCCUCCCUCAGCUUUCAGGGAAAACCCAGGCCUCUGUGGAACUCCACUCCCGCCUUGUAAGCACGCCUGAGAGCCUGCAACGAGAGGGUCGCUUGCAGUGUAUCAGAGAUCACACACGAAACACAAACACAUACACACCCCGUGAUGAUAUUUUCGUGUUGUUCAUUUCCAGACAAUCCAAACAUUACACAAUUUUUUUUUUUUAAAUGUUAGAGAGUUAAAUUGUAUUUC